AUGACUUCACCCACUCUAACAAACCUAUUGACCAUAACUCUAUCCUACAUAAUCCCAAUCCUAAUCGCCGUGGCCUUCUUAACACUUGUAGAACGAAAAAUCCUCAGCUACAUACAGGCCCGAAAGGGCCCAAACAUUGUGGGCCCUUUUGGUCUACUUCAACCCAUUGCAGACGGAGUAAAACUCUUUAUCAAAGAGCCCAUCCGCCCAUCUACCUCCUCCCCUUUCCUCUUCAUCAUAACACCCAUCCUAGCCCUACUUUUAGCCCUCACAAUUUGAACACCCCUCCCACUCCCUUUCCCCCUUGCAGACUUAAAUCUAGGACUACUAUUUUUAUUAGCAAUAUCAAGCCUAACUGUCUACUCCUUACUUUGAUCUGGGUGAGCCUCUAACUCCAAAUAUGCUCUAAUUGGGGCCCUCCGAGCCGUUGCCCAAACAAUCUCAUAUGAAGUCACCUUAGCCAUCAUCUUACUAGCCACAAUUAUACUGAGCGGGAAUUACACACUAAGUACCCUAGCCACCACUCAAGAGCCUAUCUACCUCAUCUUCCCCGCAUGACCUUUAACGAUAAUAUGAUACAUCUCUACCCUCGCCGAAACAAACCGUGCCCCAUUCGACCUGACAGAAGGAGAAUCUGAACUUGUAUCAGGAUUCAACGUAGAAUAUGCUGCUGGACCAUUUGCCCUAUUCUUCUUGGCCGAAUAUGCAAAUAUUAUGUUGAUAAACACAUUGACAACUAUCCUGUUUCUUAACCCAAGUUUCCUGAACCUCCCAUCAGAACUAUUCUCAAUUACAUUAGCCACAAAAGUCCUCCUCCUCUCAUCUACAUUCCUUUGAAUUCGAGCCUCAUACCCACGAUUCCGCUACGAUCAACUUAUGCAUCUUCUAUGAAAAAACUUCCUACCCCUAACUCUAGCCCUAUGUCUCUGACAUGCCAGCAUACCAAUCAGCUAUGCUGGCUUACCUCCAAUCUAA